CCAGAGGGAACACAGCAGAACCAAACUAUGAAGCUGGAUGCCGUAGUUCAUGCCUGUAUCCGGUGUCAUAUAGUUCGCUUCAGCCGUCAACACAACCCAGGGUCACUCGGGAAGAGGGACCCUCAAUGGAGGAAUUGCUUGGACCAGAUUGGCCUCUAGUUACAGAGCGGGCUCUCCCUCAAAAGAUUCAACAUGCCUGGUCUGACCAGUUAAAGCUCCCAUAUGGAUGGACCAUACAGUCUGCCUGUCCUCCAUGGAGGACACUGCAUCUGUGAGCAGGGCAAGAAGGAACUUCUCAAGGAAGCAGAAAAAGGACAAGAAUGCUACACAGGAGUCCUUCAGUGCAAGAACAAGCCUUUGUGGACAGCCAUGGAACAUAGAAAAAGAACUGGCUCUCUCCAGAGAUGCCUGUAUCCCAGUUCCCAGCACCCGCAAAGCUCAGUGGCAAAGGGGCUUAACAGAUGCAAUUAAGGGCACAGGCAUUGAGCUGAGGAUGUGAUCCUGGUCAUUUAUGGGGAUCCAAUGGAAUUGCAAGCGUCUCCAGAGAGCUAGGAGCUGUGAGUCAUGAAGCAUGAACUGGCAGAGGCUGCCCUGAAUGAACUGUGUGGUUCUUAACCUCACCACAGCUCUAAAGAGUCUUUCCCUGUCUGGGGGUCCAUGUGCCAAGCAACCUUGGACUUGCUGUUCCACGUGUCUUGUCAGCCCGGACAACUUUGAAACACCCAGACAAAGUUUGUGUUACUUCUCUGGUCAGUCAUUUUCACCACUGUAACAAGGGACCUGAGCAAAGCAAUGUAAAAGAGAGAAGCUUGAUUUUGGCCAAUGGUUUCUGGAGUUCAGGUUGGCUGGCUCCAUUGCUAAUGGGCCUCUGAAAAAAGCAGAUCAUCAUGGCAGUGGGAGUGGUGGCAGGGGAGGCUGUUUAUCCUGUUUGUGUGGCGAAGAAGAAGAAGAAGAAGAAGAAGAAGAAGAAGAAGAAGAAGAAGAAGAAGAAGAAGAAGAAGAAGAAGAAGAAGAAGAACAAGAAGAAGAAGAACAAGAAGAAGAAGAACAAGAACAAGAACAAGAAGAACAAGAACAAGAAGAACAAGAACAAGAACAAGAAGAACAAGAAGAACAAGAACAAGAAGAACAAGAACAAGAAGAACAAGAACAAGAAGAAGAAGAAGGCGGCUCAGGGGACCAGUUCAAUCCUUCAAAGACCCGUGCAUCCAAUGUCUUGCUUUCCCCCAACCAGCUCCCACCUCCUUACAAUCGAUGCAUCAGCUAGGAAUUCAUCCAUGCAUUAAUGAUGAAGCACAAGCCUCCAUGGUCCCAUUGCCUUCCAACAGUGCCACCAGCUGUGGGCCAAGCCUUCAGCACAUUAGCUUUUGGGGUCAUUUUAUGUCCAAACCAUAGCAGCUUGAUAAUGUCAAAUAGAAGUUUCAAGGAAGUUCAUAUACAUUGUUCCAGACGCAUUGACUUGGGCUACCAUCGUUCUGGACUUGGCCUGUGUGAAAUGGACACUGUUUCAUUACCAUCUCCAAGAUGGACACAUAGAUUCACAGAAUGACAAAAGAGCUUCUUUGAGUCUACAGAGACGACAAUCUACUUGAAUGCCAAAGCCCCAGGGACUCAGCACUGCCGUGUGAUAAAGACCCUUGCAUGCCUGUCUUGGUCCAUGAGGUGAGGCGUGACACAGUCUUGCUCUGAAACCUCUGCUUGUAUGAUCUGCUUCACUUAGGGUUGUGAUUUGAGCACUGCUUUGGCUUACCUAGCUUGAGUCAAAGAGCCCUCAUGAGUUGCAGCUCAAGCUCUGAGACUGAACACUAUAGCGAGGAGGCUAUUAAAAUAGAAUUAUGUAAAACCUUUGACUCAGCAUUCCCUUCCCUGAGAAUGCAGCUUUUGGAAAUAA